AUGGAAAUGAUAUGACCUUUGGUUAUUGUGGGAACUGGGGUUAUGUUUGGGAUUAAGUGGGGUCUAAUUCUAGCUGGACUGCUGUGACUUUAUAAUAAAAAUUCACAAGAUGCGAGUUUAAGCAAUCAAAACGCACCUCCAUCUGAACAAAGCAGCUCUGGAAGUAGCAGGGACAACUCUAGAAAUAGCAGUAAUAAAAGCCAAACUGGGUUCAAAGGAAUCCGAGAUGUGAGAGGAGAUGGUAUGAAUUAA